AUGAAUUCAAAGAAAAAUAGUGAGCAUUUGAAUAAAGGUAGAAAUAGAGGAUUUAAAAUUCUAAAUAAAGAAGAUAUCAUAUUUGAGAAAGAUUUAUAUUUAAACCUUACUAGCAAUUCAAGGAUUUAUAAAGGCUGGCUGGAAUCUGAGAACAAAAAAGUUAUUUUCAAAGAAUGUAUAAUUGAAAAAUCAAAGAAUGAUGCCAUAAAAUUAGUUUGCAAUGAGUUAGCGAAUGCAAUUUUUCUUAGCAAAAAAGAUGAAAUUUUUAUGGAAUUUUAUGGAUUAUAUAUAGAUUUUGAUCCUCAAAAUAAAGAGUUUACUUUUGGAUUUGCAAUGGAGCAAUGCGAUAUAGAUUUAGAAACAGCAAUAAAAGAAAAGCUGCUUCGUAGUGAUAAGAAUAUAGAAUAUUGCAUUGACACGCUUUUAAAAGGGUUCAAGUUAAUGCACGAUUAUGGCAUCGUACAUAGGGACAUAAAACCCCAGAAUAUAUUUGUUAAAAAAUAUACAGAUGGAUGAAAAUUUAAAAUUGCUGACUACAAUGCCUCUUCUGUCGUUUCUAAAGGCACAGCUAUUUUCUCAGACCUAGCUCUAACAAAUAAGUUUGGCCAACCAACAUAUUUACCUCCAGAAGUUUAUUCACAAAUGGAUGGAGAAGAAUUACCACAAAGAAUUAUUAUGAAUAAGCAAAAAUCUGAUGUGUAUGCCUUAGCAUUAGUUUUUUUAGAGUUAAAUAUACAGGAUAUUCCUUUUCAUACCCCAAUUGAAAGAGAACAAUGGAUGAAAGACUAUGGAUGAAAUUACAUAAACAAUGAGAUUAAAGCCAAUUGAUUAAAAGAGUUAUUAACUUUAAUGCAAGCAAAAAAUCCAAUGGAAAGAAAAAGACUUAGCGAACUGGUUAAAAUAAGGAAAAGCUAUCAGAUUAGUGUAUAA